AUGCACAAUAAAAACCACAGACUGGUAAUACCAGUGCAAAAAUGCAAGCGCAAGGAACAGCAGUCGCACAGCCCUGCUAAUUACUUGUCGUUUUCUGCUUGCCUUGCCCACCUGGCUCAGCAAGCUUCAAACAAUAUCAGUGUUCUGCAUUUAAUGCUAAAGCUUUUGGGAAGCUAUAUCAUCGUUGGGUGCCACUAUAUCCGGAUGAUUAUACCAGUAUCUCUAGCAAACCAUGUGACCUUCAGUGCACCAGUACCACGCGGGAGAGGCAGCUCUUGGUACCCGCCCACGACGGCACAAGCUGUAAGGAUAGGACGUACCAAGGAGUCUGCAUCAGCGGCAAGUCCAGUGGGAUGCGAUGGGAAUCUGCACUCUACUAGAUCUUUAGAUCGAUGCGGAGUUUGUGGUGGAGAUGGGAGUACCUGUUACCGGGUAUCAGGAAGCUUUCGGAAGUGUGUUUUAGGUUACGCUCUAAUCACAUUGAUUCCAGUCGGAGCCUUUGAUAUAUUAAUCACAGAAAAAAGAAAUACAGAAAAUAUUUUAGUCAUCGAAGGGUUUUCUAAUUCAAGUCAAUUUCAAACCACGUAUCUUCCCUACAAUAAGCUGCUUAUUUAA